AUGCGUGGAAGGAAAGAGUUGAGUAAAUCUUGCUUCGACUACGAAAUGUCUCCUGUUCCACUUAGUUUGUUCGACGAGAAAGGAUCAAUGCGAAAGACCGACAAGUCGCAGUUAUAUAAAAUGUUCACUACUACCCUAUCUUCACGAGCAUUUUUUGAAGAUUCUCAGUUUGUUGUAGACGGAGGAUGGUUGCUUCACAGCCUCGUCUGGCCUCAUAGUAAGACAUACCGUGCAAUCUUUGAUAUGUACAAGAAAUUUCUUGUUCAGCGGUUUGGUCGGAGCGUCAUUAUUGUUUUCGACGGAUAUGAAGAUGAACAUAUAGGUGUCAAAUCAUACGAGCGAGACCGUAGACAAGAAAGAAAUUGUGGCGUGGACGUUGAAAUUGAACCAGACAAUCUCGUCCCAUUGAACCAAAGGACAUUUUUGUCCAACGUGAAAAACAAGGCUCAAUUUGUUUAUCACCUUGGUCAAACUCAUGCAACAUAUGAGGGAUUCAGUUUUACCGUGAUCCAUGCGAAAGAGGAUGCGGAUGUUGAGAUUGUGAGAACAGCUCUGAAGACUCAUAACGAAUUGUUUCGUCACGGGAAAUCACGAGUUAUAGUCGUCGGCUCGGAUGUUGAUCUCUUAAUAUUACUUAUUGGACUCACUCCAACCUCAGAGAGCAUGUACUAUUACAAGAUGGACCAGGGGGGCAAGGCGAACCAAUUGUACGAUACUCGGGAUCACAGACAUUUGCAACCAUUUCUACUUUUUGCUCAUGCCUUUGCGUGCUGCGACACUACUAGCUGCUUUUUUGGGAAAGGGAAGAUGAAGCUGGUGAAGUUGAUGCUGCAGAACGACAGCAUUAGAGCGCUGGCGCUGAAGUUUUACGAGCCGGACUGCUUGGAAGACGAAUUGCUGCAAUGUGCAGAGACGAUUACUCUCGCACUAUACAAAGACAAAGAACAGUCUUCUUCUCUCGGGACUUUCAGAUACAAUUUGUUUUCUACAAACUUAGCAAAGGCAAAAAAGGAAACGCCCUUAGAAUGUCUCCCACCAACAUCUCCUGCCUUGCUUCAGCACUGUAAACGAGUGUACUAUCAAAUCCAGGUGUGGCUUCAGCAUAGAUUAGAUCCCUGCUUGUGGGGAUGGACAAGACAGGGUAAUAUUCUCAUUCCGAUCAUGUCUGAAGCAGAUCCCGCACCAAAAGAACUGUUACAAGAGGUUUCCUGUGGCUGCCAAGGGCCCUGCAAAUCGAAGCGAUGUAACUGCCGAAAAGCCGGUCUAAAGUGCACCCCUGCUUGCAAAGUAUGCCGCGGAAAAUCGUGCAACAACUCAAAGAGAUGGACUGCUACAGAACACCAUGAUAGCGAAACUCCGACUACUACAGAUGCAUGUGAGAAGGACGGUGGACAAACUACCGUAGAACCCGAUAAUGAUGACUUAACAGAAGAUGAUGAGACCUCAUCAAGCAGCCACGAUGCAACGACCGAUGACGAGGAAAUUAUCGAAGGACUUUAA